ACUCGUCAGUUUAGUUACCGCACCACAUAAAGGCAUUGCGUUGUAGACACCGUUAUAUCCGCAACAUUCUUACUAUUUGCUUGCAUAUCUCCUAAUUUCUGACCCUUCAAUUCGGCGUAAAAAAAAAGAAAGAAAAAACUCGGUUCGGUAUCGUUCGUCGUCACAAAAAGAACAGUCGUCGCUGUUGCUCUUAUCGUCAUCGUUAUCGUGGUCCUCUAACGUUCAGUUUGUUGCUGCUGCUUUGUCCCGUCCACGUGUCGAUCGCGAGCGACAUUGUCGUUCGCCGUUCGGGUGACACUGUCACGAGAAAAACUCGCGCGGAGAGAAAGUAGAAAAGCGAAAUCGGUGGAUCUCGCGAAUAUAUAUCGCGUGGGAAGACAAGUUUUGCCGGGCGGAAUCGGCCAAAGAUAAAGCAGAGGAACAACCUUUCCAUAUUCUUCCGAUCUUUUAUAAUUUUGUUCGAUCCCUGGACCCGUCCCCUACGUUCUCUAUUAAAUCGUACUCCCGACUUGUCUCGCUUCAAAGAGCGUCUUCUUGAUGUCCCGAUCAUUUAUAACCCUUCUGGAUCGACGAUCCCUCUGAUUGGCUUAACGCGUCGCGAUAAUAACUCGAAAAUACGAUAAUCGGCGCGUAACACGGUGCGUGAUCUUUUCACGUGAUAACGCGAGAGCGAGAGUUGAGCGCGUUAACGUGGAACUGGUAGGGUGAUCAACAAGAUCGUCAGCUGGAAGAUCCUUUAAUCAGAAGAGGCACCAGCAAAGACAAAACGAAAGAGGGAGGGAAAGAAAGAGAGAGAGAGAGAGAGAGAGAAAGAGAGAGAGAGAGGGACAAAUAGGAGUGCGUCCUGCUGGUCGGGGGUGGGAGUGAAAGAGAGACACUGGGUGUGUUCGUCGCGCGCGAGAUUUGUUUAUCUCCUGUCGCGAGUUAUAGUUAUCAAGUGUUCACAAAUAAACCGGCACCCGAGUUUACGUUCUCGACGGAAUUCGAUGCCGGAACUCGUGUUCGAUGAACGAAAACCGGCCUCCACGUUGAUCGCGCGAUCGUCGGUUCGGCGUUCUUUCCAAGUCGCGUCGUAAAGUUUGUUGAGAAAUUUGUUGAAAGAGAGCGAGAAAAAAAAGAGAAAACUAGUACAAAGAUUAAACGGGAAACGCAGCCGCGAAAUACGUACGAGAUAACGCGCGUAAAUAGAGGAAAAUAAAAAUAAUUAAGUAGAACCCAUCGCCGUUCCGUUCUGCGCCCAGAUAUCGGCAUCCUCCAACCACUGAUUUUCAUCGUUAACCGAUUUCGUACAUAGUUAGGGACGACUCAUUAGAGGAUUGCAAUGAUGGCGAACGGAAUGGACACAGUUGUACAACAAAACGGAGGAUCCACUCUCGGACAGACCUCGCAGGAAGAGUCGAAGACGAAUCUCAUAGUAAACUAUUUGCCGCAAAGUAUGACACAGGAUGAGAUUCGUUCUCUGUUCUCCAGUAUAGGCGAGGUCGAGAGCUGCAAGCUAAUCCGUGAUAAGCUCAGCGGUCAGAGUUUGGGUUAUGGUUUCGUCAACUAUCACCGGCCUGAAGAUGCCGAAAAGGCUAUAAACACGCUCAAUGGUCUUCGUUUACAGAACAAAACCAUCAAGGUGUCGUACGCGAGACCGAGCAGCGAGGCGAUCAAAGGCGCGAAUUUGUACGUCAGCGGCUUGCCGAAAAAUAUGGCGCAGCAGGAUCUGGAGAAUCUCUUUAGUCCCUACGGCAGAAUUAUUACGUCGCGGAUACUGUGCGACAACAUCACCGUACGACAGUUUGUGACCGGCGGCGGAGACAAUUUGCCCGGCCUGUCGAAGGGCGUCGGCUUCAUAAGGUUCGACCAGCGCGUCGAGGCCGAGCGGGCGAUCCAAGAGCUGAACGGCACCAUACCGAAGGGCUCGUCCGAGCCGAUCACCGUCAAGUUCGCCAACAAUCCCAGCAACAACAACAAGGCGAUACCGCCGUUGGCCGCCUAUCUCGCACCACAGGCCACACGGCGCUUCGGCGGGCCGAUCCACCAUCCGACCGGCCGCUUCAGGUACAUUCCACUGUCGCCACUAUCCAGCACUGGCAAGGCCAUGCUUGCCAUUAACAAAGGCUUACAGAGGUCAGUAUUUUUUUCGUUACUACCGCUACGUUUUCCACUCCUAAUUUUCGUUACUUCCGUUGUGUGGCUUUAUUCUUUUUCUCUCUUUCUCUGUCUCUUUCUUACUUUUUUCCUUUCUUCGACUCGUUACGAAUUCGUUAUCGCGAAAUGAUUUAUCAUUAAAGCAACUUUGAAGUAAUGAACGUUAUUAGUUAUUUAUAAUUUUUUAAAUAAUCUUUGUCCGUGAAUGUUCUUACGCGAACACCUUUUUCAAGAUGUAAAAUUUUUACCGCCGAUUUUCUUUUAUAUAAGCGUAAUUUCGUAACGGGAUCCCACUAUUCUUUCACAUUUUUCACCAUUUUUGCAUUUUUCACGUCUUUUUGCUUCGACUUUCAUUUGAUUCAGUUGUACAAACACAGUGGUAGAUAUGUUGACGUCACGUUUUCUUGAGUUUCGCAACCAAGCCUCCUUGGUUCCCCAUUCUUCCACUUGUUUACAUAGUGCGAUCUGUUCAUUUAAUAACGAUUGAACCGCCGCAGUAUUUGCCACCGUAGUAUUUGCAACGAUUGCAGUUUAUAGAAUUUUUUUGGAGUUUUGUUCUUAUUACGCAAUUUACGUAAUAGAAACAGCUUUUUUGAAAAGGAAAAGACAUAAUUACAUAGUCUCGAAUUGAUAUUUCCCUUUAAUGAUAAUGUAUAGAUUUGAGAUUUAUAUUACAUUUCACUGCAAUAUAUUAGAGAAAAUUUGGAAACCCUGGAUAUUUUUUGUUAUAUAUUUCAUCGUAUUCUCUGUAAACUAAAGUUGCAUACAAAAAUCUGCCCUCGAGGGUACUUAUUCUAAAACCCUACGAACUAUUGAAAAGAAAUCGAGUGCAGAUACUCUCGUGUAUAUAUAUGUACAUAUGUUUGAUAAACAUUGAGACGAAUUUACAUGCAAGCAACGUGAUGUUACUCCUUUCAUUUCCUUGUCCUUAUAGAUUCCAUCGUGUUUUUUUCUUUUUUUUUUUCGUACGGUCCUCCAUUCACUACAUACAUAUACAUACAUACAUACAUAUACACACACGGGGAAUCGAAUCACUGGCGGUCGUAUAACCCGAUGCACAUGUCUCUGCAUACACAUGUAAAAAAAAAGAAAUAUACACAACACGUAUCACACGUUUACUUUACGCGGUGUAACGUACAACGUACGUGACGAAUGCAUACGUAAAUUACUGUGGCCUCGGCAUUAUACUGAGUACUCACCGAGAUGUGCCCUGUUUUAACGCGGCUUGUGACGUCAAGUAGGUACGUAGAUACUUUUACAACUGUAAAUAUCCCCCCCUCUCACUUGUAUAAGUGCCCUCGUAUGGGACGUGUACCUUCCAUUCCUGUACUCUGAAAUCUUAUCUGUCUUGUUAAAAAAAAAAAAUUUUUUGUCGCACAUUUAAGAGUUAACGUUAACGUCUCUAUCAUAGAGAGCGCCAUCCGAGGAGAUUGGCUUGCGUUUCAAGAAACACGUACCUAUGCGAUCCCCUGUGCACGUGAAUGCAUGAAUGUUAAAGCAAUAAUGCACCUUUGUUCCCAAUCUCGCUUUUUCUCUGAAUAUAUUACGUUAUAUCCUUAUAAAGAAUGCAUGACUCGAAGGAAAGGUUUCAUUUACGUUUGAUUGAGGAAUCGAUAUCCGGAUAACGCGUAUUUGUAAAAAAUUUUCUCUGUAUAAAAUAUGAACAAGUGUCAUUGCGACUCAUGUGAUAACGCCAUUUUUUCUUUCUCUUUUUACUUUUAUUUAUCUUAUAAUUUAUAAUUCUGACCGAGCAUUAUUAUUUAUCAACCCUCUUAAUAUAUGUACUCUUCUUACUUUCUUUUUAUUAUCUCAAAAUUUACUACAUAAAUACACAAAUUUGUGUACGAUUCUUCAAUAUUCUUUAAUUAUUAUCUACAGGAUGUAAAGUCAAAAAUAUGAAUAUUGUUGAAACCAUCCGGAGUAAAACGGAGUAAACGCCACUUCGACACAACCUGUAUUCGAAAUUCUACGAUCAAAAUAGAGAAUGUCAUUAUUUUAUGUAUAUGAAUGUUACUUUUGUGUGAACUUGGAAAAUUUUUCACCAUGUUAAUUUAUAAAUAUACACUAUUAAAUAUA